GGCAGAAAUGUUGACAUGAAAAUUGCGGGAAGGAAUAUUAACUAGAAUUCUAUAUUAUCUUAUUACCUACGUUCCUUUUAGUCUUUAUAUUAAAAAUGUCGAUGAUAGAGAAAUUGAGUAUCCAAGGGAUACGAAGUUUUGGCCCAGAUGAUCAAGACCGACAGGUCAUGCAGUUUUUUAAACCAUUAACAUUAAUCUUGGGACCAAAUGGAACAGGCAAAACGACAGUAAUAGAAUGCCUAAAAUAUAUGACUACAGGAGACCUUCCACCUGGUGGUAAAGGUGGAGCAUUUAUACAUGAUCCUAAGAUUGCUCAUGAAAGAGAGGUUAAAGGUCAGAUUAGACUACAGAUACGUGAUGUAACUGGUAAACAGGUUCUAAUAACAAAAUCUAUGUUAGCUACACAAAAGGUGAAGAAAGUGGAGAUGAGAACUCUAGAAGGUGUUAUAACUAGACAUGGUCCUGAUGGAGAAAAAAAGAGUAUUAAUUCGAGAUGUGCUGACAUGGACAGAGAGAUGGUAUCAUCAUUAGGUGUAUCUAAAGCUGUUUUAGAAAAUGUUAUAUUUUGUCAUCAAGAAGAUUCAAAUUGGCCACUAAGUGAGGGCAAACCUCUAAAAGAAAAGUUUGAUGCUAUAUUUGCUUCUACUAGAUAUACUAAAGUUUUAGAAACAAUCAGAAAAUUGAAACAAGAGCAGGAUGGUAGGAUCAAGAUUUAUAAAGAAGAGUUGAAAUAUUUAAAAGAACGUAAAGAAAAGGCUCUACAGAUUCAAGCAGAUGUAACAAAUUUAGAAGUAAAAUAUUCUACAUCACAGGAAAAUGUAGCACAGAUUGAAGAAGAACUCAAACCUCUGCAGGUAUUUAAUUCAGGCUUAGAUUUGAACAAAUAA